CUCAGAUAUCAGGCGGGACGCGGGCCAGCUGGAGCCAGAGCUGGGAACUUCGCUGGACAGAUUGCACCAGCCCUAGGCUGAGGAGAAAGUGAACGUAACUGUCCCUUGGAUACUGCCGGACGACGCCCGCGGGAGCCGCGGCCCAGAGACCCGCCCGGGCGGCAGCGACUGGAGCGGAGCCCACAGGCCUGGGCUGGCUCGGCGGCGCGAGCAGGAAGCGGGGUCCCUGGGCCCCUUUGUGUGAAGGGCGGGGGAGGGGCGCGGGGCAGCCCCGGGCCGCGGGCUCCUCGGACGCCCGCCUUCCGCGGGGGGCCCCCCGUCUGUCCUGCGGCGCCCACCCCUUCCCUCCCGGGGCGGGGGGCGCGUGUCGCCUCCCCAGCCUCCCAGCUUUUCGGGGCUCGCCUUCUCCCCACGCCCCCUGCCUGGGCUCCGGUUCCUAUAGGAAGGGCAUUACCAUCCCAUCCCCACCCACCCCGACACUUCGCUCUUUCCCCUCCCCCUCCUUUAACUUCCUCUUCUUCCCCCGUCGGGCCCUCGGCUGCUCUGCGCUCUCCUCCCGGGUUCGCAGAUUUCCGCCCACCUUCCGCCUCCCCGAGCCGCGCCGCCGCGAGCGGGGUGUUAUUUUUCCCUCCCUCUGGUAGGAGUUGGUGAAGGAGAGACUCAUGCGGGAGUACAAGGUAGUGGUGUUAGGGAGCGGAGGGGUUGGCAAAUCUGCCCUUACUGUGCAGUUUGUCACCGGGACUUUCAUUGAGAAAUAUGACCCCACCAUUGAAGAUUUCUACCGCAAAGAGAUCGAAGUGGACUCUUCCCCCUCCGUGCUGGAAAUUCUGGACACCGCAGGAACUGAGCAGUUUGCCUCCAUGAGAGAUCUCUACAUCAAAAACGGCCAAGGUUUCAUCCUGGUUUAUAGUCUGGUUAAUCAACAGUCUUUUCAGGAUAUCAAGCCAAUGAGAGAUCAGAUUGUCAGAGUGAAGAGAUAUGAAAAAGUCCCACUGAUCCUAGUAGGAAAUAAAGUGGAUCUGGAACCAGAAAGAGAGGUUAUGUCUUCAGAAGGCAGAGCUCUGGCUCAAGAAUGGGGCUGUCCUUUCAUGGAGACAUCGGCAAAAAGUAAAUCAAUGGUGGAUGAACUUUUUGCUGAGAUCGUCAGGCAAAUGAACUAUUCAUCCCUGCCCGAGAAGCAAGAUCAGUGUUGUACAACUUGCAUUGUCCAGUAAAAAAGAUAACCUCAAUCAUGGCCAUACCGAGCAGAUAAAACUCAGAGGAAAUUUGCACAGAUGCUGCUUUGGAGAACUUUACAACCUGGGUUGCAGAACUGAGCCUUGGUAAACCUGUCUCUAUUACAGCAUGUUGCCAUACAUCUAAUUAAGUGCAUAAGGUCUUUGGCCUUCAAGAACCAUUGACCUUAAACAGGAAUGCUUAGCACAUUUACCAUAUGUUUAAAACCUGUUCUUUAUCAAUCAGUCCUUUUGUAGCUUUUUAAGUUCCUAUUGAUGGCUAAUAUGCAAGAAUUAAUUUUUAAUAUUUUAAUUGAUUUCUUUAAUCAGUUUCUCAACUUGUAUUUAUUAAAUACUCAAACUCAGUAUUACCUACUCAAUGCCUUUUAAAAGAAAGUUAUAAUGGAGAAAAAAAUUGAGCCUUAAACAAAUGGUUACUUCUGUAUAUUACCUCGCACCACUGCUUCAUUCUAUUUGUAAACUCUUUCUCCUUUAAAUGGUUGGUUAAUACUUUUGAGACUUUGUUUACGUGUGGCAGUGUUGUAAAAAGAAACUAAAGAUCGCAUUUUACCUGUAUGGAUGGGAUAUCCCUUUUCUUAAAGUGCAGUUUGUGAUGUGUUUUUGUAAUUAACAUGUUAUGAAAGUGACAAUGGCUAUUCGAAAUUGACUGUAGAGCAUUUAGCUGAAUAGUUAAGCAUUUGAUUCCAUUAGGUUUUCACAUGUGUUAAUCUCAUUUACAGCAUCAAAUUGCAGCAGUAACAUUUUCCUUUCUGUGAAGUUCUAAAUUUAGUUAUGACCUACUAAGCAAUGCUUUUGAAAAGGGAUAUUGUAUCCAUGGUAAAUUAAUUGUAUACCUAAACAGAGAUAGCUCAGCUUUUGCCUGUCAGGCUUGUAAUUGACAUCUAGUAGACUUCUGCACAUGUAAAAUUAAAUUCAAAUAAAAUCAUAUACACUUUCUAAUUCUUAAUAUUUGUCUUUCUGAAUAAUAGUUUAAAGCAAUAUUUGUUAAAGUUUUCUUGCACUAUCACAAUUGCUUUUUAGUUAUUUCUCAAGAGGCAUGUUCGUAGUAGAGACAAAAAUCUGUGUAACAGGAGGGAGGAGAGCGCCGAGUCUCUGGGCGUUUUGGGGGUUUUUUGGUUUUCGUUUUUUUGUUUUCGUUUUUUGAAAAUGUACUUCUAAUAGCCAUGGCCUUCCAUGUUUACCUAAUCAGCACAUUUUGUCUGAAUACUUGAACAUUUUAACAGUAACAUAGGUGUAGAAACAGAAAACUUGUCAAGAGUAGUCUUUUGGUUCAGUUUUAACAUCAUGACAACAAGCGCUUUUUCUAGUAAUGAUUUUAAAACUUUGUAAGUUUGCCAGUAUUUUGUUGUUGGGUUUUUAUUUGGUUUUAGUUGUGUGCUUUUAAUUUGCAGAAGUUAGUAACUACAGCUCACCUACUGCACCAAAGUUCUCGAUUUUAGGAGCCCAGCUUUAGUCAUUUGAACAUGCUUCUAAAUAAAACAAAACAAAAAAACCAAAACUAUACUUUUGAUCUAUAAUAAUAGCUCAAUAACUUUGUCAAGGAAAGCUCUAAUAUAUGCAGUGAUGGUUUUUGGAAGGGUGUGGCAAUUUUAAAUUUAUAUUGUGUGUGAUGUUCAAAUAAAGUGAUACCUACAUUCAUGUGAUUUAUUGGUCAGCAUGACCAUUAAUUAUUGUGUAGAGAUUAAUUAAACUUUGAUUUCCUUUUUUUAAAUCGUGUUGCAUUUGAUUCCUGAUCAAAUUCCCGCGAAAUGAAAUCUUAAUCUUAGAUUUUGAAUUUUAUGAAAGUGAGAUUGUAAGGGUGGAGGCAAUUGAAACCUUGUUUCUUCUUUGUCCACUGCUUGAAAUGAAUACCUGUUUAAGUUUGCACUUUAAUACCAAACUUAAAACCGAACACUCAGUUCAAAGCAGGUUAAGUGAUUGUGGUUCAUCUUUAUUAGCUGUGUGAAAUUCUAAAGGAAUCAAAUAAUUCAUGAUGAUUUAAAUUUUCUGCAAAUGGAGGCUUUAUACAGUGUUUCUUUCCUAUGGAUAGUUCUCCUCCUUUUACUCUUGCUCCCUCUCACCUUCGCUUUCUCUCUCUCUCUCUUGCUUUCUCUCUCUCACUGACCUCAGCAGCCAAUUUAACUUGAAUUCACGUAGGAUGACAGGAAUCAGGGGAAAGUGAUUUAAAGGUGGUUUCUCCAGCACAUUUUAAGAAAAGGGACCAAAAGUUAUUUUAGCUUCCUCAAUAGAUUGCAUGUCCAGUUGCUUAUUAGGGUAAUAAAUUAAUAUUAAAUGCAAUAUAUGUCUUGUCUUUGCUAUGGCAUCUGUUUAGGAGUUGUUCAAAUCACUGCAGUAGGGCUCUGCAAAUAAAAUCAUGUAACCUAUUAUCAUGGAUCUAAUGUACUGUAACUUUAUCAAUGAAAGGUAAAAAUCUCGAAUAACAAGUACAAACGUUGAACAAUGACCUAUAAAGAUUUGUAAAAGUAAAAUUUUUCCAAUAGAUUUCAUUCUUGUCAUUUUGUAAGACGACCCUGCAGUCCACCUGUUUGUAACUUUUUUAAUAAAAUAGACAUCUGUAUUACUGA